AUGGAUCCGGGUACAUACCCCAAAUCGCAACCCCACCUCCUCUCCAAAGAAACAUCGCAACACUACAAAUCGGGGAUGGACCGACCUCGAGGCUCACUUUGGAACAUACCAUCAGAACAACGAAGUAUGUACAUAGUCAAGACAAAACUCCUUGAAAGCCGGCAAGCGCUUCUCGCCAUUCCGAUGAACUCAGCUCAACUGAACACACACAACCAAGGUGGAUAG